UUGGAGAGAAAGCUAAAAAUGAAUCCAGAAUUCAAAAAGCAAUAUGAUGCAGGGAUGGCGGAGUACAUCGAGCUAGGUCACAUGGUCCCCGCACAAAAUAUUCCGAGUCGGCAUUUUUAUCUACCUCACCAUGCCGUGGUGAAGGAGGGCAGUUCCACGACCAAAGUACGGAUAGUUAUGGAUGCCGGAGCGAAGAGCUCCACCGGUGUUUCGUUAAACGAUAUUCAGUUGGUUGGUCCUAAACUCCACCCAGACUUGAAAAACAUUAUCACAAAUUUAAGGCGUUACAAGGUGAUUUUUACGUGUGAUAUUAAACAGAUGUACAGGCAAAUUGGAGUGGACUCUUCCGAUCAAGAUUUACAGCUCGUUUUGUGGAGAUUUAAUCCGAACGACCCGAUUAGGACUUUUAAGUUGACGACUGUUACAUUCGGUCUCAUGAGUUCUCCCUUCUUAGCGUUACGGACGAUGCGGCAAAUGGCAGUGGACUACGCCACUGAAUACCCGCUCGCCGCACAAGUGAUACUCAAGGAGACAUUUGUGGACAAUAUCACCACGGGCGGACGCGACGUUGAGGAGGCAAUGGGGAAACAAAUUCAAUUAUUUGGGUUAUUUUCGAAAGUGAAUUUCGACCUAAGAAAAUUCACUAGUAACAUUGCAGAACUGCUAG